UUGCUGAAGGACUUCAUAUUUAAAGAAAAAUUUUUAACAGUGGAGCAACUUAAUGAAAGAAUUAACUCUUUAGAUUAUGGAUAUUUUAAUGAUAAAAACAAGCCAUCACCAAUCACCCGGACAACUUUAAGGAGUGAAAACAAUAGUUUAAAGCAAAAAGCAAGACAAAUGUGGUGCCUUGGAAAAUUCCUUCCUUUAGCUCUCGGCAAUGCCAUUCCUCAGGAUGAAGAAAAGUGGAUGCAUUUUCUGUUGCUCCUUAAAAUUGUUGACAUUGUUUUUUCACCAAUCACAAACACUGAUGAACUUGCUAUCCUGGAAGGAUACCUGGAGGAAUUUUUGUGGAAAUUCACCCAGCUUUAUCCUGGGCUUUCAGUUAUACCCAAGAUGCAUUACUUGGUUCAUUACCCAGCUCAUAUUUACAGAUUUGGACCAAUGAUUCAGAGCUGGUGCAUGCGAUAUGAAGCAAAGCACAGUUACUUUAAAAGAUUGGCUUCAUACCUUGAAAACUUCACUAAUGUUGCAUUUAGCCUUGCUGAACGACAUCAAACCAGAAGUUUCUAUCUAAGAAAUCAACCCAUUGCAAAAAAGCCUAAAAUUGAUUCUGCAAAAGAAAUUGUUGCUAAGAAUAGUGAACAUUAUUAUUUGCUCAAAGAGAAGGAACCUAACUUAAGUGGCAUUAGUAUUUUGUCAAGGUAAAGUGCACAUAGUGAUUAUUUUUAUUACAGAAGAUGGUGACUAUUGCAAGAAAAAAUUGCUAGUACUUUAUAAAAUGAAA